AUGACCUCCAGAUUUUGCAUUACGCUGCACUGCUACACUCACAGUUUAUACAGUCUAUUAUUUUCAUUCGUUUAUCGCUACUACAUUUUAUUUCACCCAUCACCGCGAACUCGCAGUAUUGUUAUAGCGAUCAUUGCAAUCUAUGUACCGUCCUUCAUGCAACUCAUGAUGUCAUGGUUUGCAAGGAGUCCGGAAGAUGAGCUGAGAAAAAAACUAAGUCAAACUUCAAGCUACGAUAUCAGAAGGGAGAUUGUCAGUGGAGUCGUGGAUAUUUUCGACUGGAAGACUCUUUUUGUUCUUUUGCAUCAUUGUGUUCCUGUAACCCCCAUUUAUGUAGUUAUCCUGUUACUAAGAAGAAGAAUCACUGCAAAACUACAAACCAAUAUAACAAUGUCGGAAAAAACUUGCCGAAUGCAUUCACAGCUUCUCAAGGCAAUCACCUACCAAGCCUGCUUGCCACUUUUUUUCCUCUACUCAUUAAUGGCAUAUUUAUUUCUGCAGUUUGGGAUUUCCAAUCAUCCACUACUCGAGUACACUAUAUAUAUCGUCAUGAAUUUUAUCCCAUCAAUCAACCCUUUAAUAUCUCUUUACUUCGUCACACCAUAUCGAGUUUGGUUGACUAAGAGGUUGCUGAGACGAACCCGGGUUGCCUCUAUCAUCACUAUAACCCAGGAACAAAUUACUAAUGAGCUGGAAAGGCACUGA